AUGGCCACUCAUUCCAUCUUGGACAGCGACCAAAUGGUCAGCAUUUAUCACGGCGCCAAGGGCAAAGAAGCCUACUCUAUCCGGUUUUGGAACCCUCGACUCAAUCAAGACUUUUGCCUUCCAAUUUGGCUUGUGGCCCCCGAGCAACCAACUAGCUCGCGACCUGGAAUCCUUGAUAGGGUCGACACAACCGUGGAGCGUUGGUGGCCAGAACAACGACAGUUCAGACAUUUCAUGAUUCAUGAAGCAAAACGUGAAGGUUCGAGUGUGGUACACCUUCAUGAGCAAACUGUGCGUUAUGCCAAAACCAUCGUCGGGGAGAAUUUUCUUGGCGAACUUUUUGUCCUGACCACCAUUGGCACGACCUUUCGAACCUGGGUUUUCAAAGCCCGAUCGGAAGCUCUGCAUCCACUGUUUGGGGCGCCUGGCGACGAUAGGAAGGAAUACAUUGAUGCCAGUCACCCAUAUGCCUCUGCAUACUACUCAGCCUUUCUUGACAAGGUUCGCUCAAUUACUCUUCCAACUGUGCCACCUCUGCCCAGCCAGCCGAUCCCACCGGCCACGGGUGAUUCCGAUGAAUCCAUGGUGGAUGAUGGUGAUAUCCCUCAGUAUCCAGAGCCUGAACUGCACAUGUGUGAAUCGGUCAAGUUGGAGUACACAAAAAAUCGCACAAAGUUCAAAUUUACCAGAGAAGAGGGACAGAUUGAAGGAAUAAUGCCGGUCAGCCAUUGGACAUGGAGCAUGAAUCUGAAGAGGUGGUGGACAUACUCCACCACCUUGGAAAUGUAUCUUUGUGGCAAAGCGGAGUGGUGA